ACCCUUAGUUCCUUGAAACCUGAAACUGUUAAAGUUUGAUAAAGUUGAGUUUUAAGGUUUUUUUUUUAGUUUAUAGUAGAUGUUGAAAUUUAUAAUUGUAAUAGUAAGCCCAGUCAAGAAAAAUACACUGGAAUGCAUCUAUUGUUAAGGUUUUUGACAGUCAAAAUAUCAAAUUUGACAACUUUAAAUUAGAAAGUGACAGCAAUAAUUGUUUCCAUAUGUCCAAAUAUAAUAGAAGGAUAGGGAAAUGGACAAAUUAAAUAAAAAAGAACUUUUCGAGCUGGUGACAGCCCAGCAGUCUGAACUGGAAAGAUAUAAAAGCAGAUUCAAAGAUUUAGUUGCGGCGCAUAAGGGACUCUUGAAGGAGAAGGACUUGCUCGAAAACAGCUUGAAGAGUGUUACGAAACGUAGCACGGGCAAGACGGUCGAGCAGUCGGAGGUUGAAGACGGCGUAGAGAGCGGGGCGAGCUUUAUCGAAGAGUCCGAAGGUGAAGAGUCGCCAGAACAUUUGAAGAAUCAGCUGUCAAUGCUUAUGAAUUCAUUGGCCACGCUGUCCGAAGAGAAAUCGCGAAUGGAAGCCGCAUUUCAGGCGGAUAAAAAACUAUUGCGAAUGGAAAAGAUUCAGUCGGAAAAUAAAAUAAAGGAAUUGGAAGGCAGGCUGGAGCACGAGACGAGGGCACACCUUGGGGAAAUGGAAAACUUCAAAGCUAAACUUAUUCUUGAAAGGCAUCAAAGAGAGAAAGAACACAAUGACCAUGGUGUGAUGAUAAGGGAGCUACAAAAAGUUGUUUACGAAGAAAGGGCUAAGAAAGAGACGAUAGAAGGCACAAUAGAGAAUUUAAAUUCUGAGCUUGCCAGUGCCCAAAAGACUAUUCAACAGAGCAAAAAGGAAGCAGCGGAAGCAAAAGCCCAACUAGAAGCUCUUAAAGACAAACUGAAAAACCACCAAGUCAACAACGGUAGUGUCGCGGAGAAACUUCAGCAAGAAUUGGAAAUGCUGAAAAGGCAACACAUUGAAAAUUCAAUCGCGGAACAAGAAAAACUCAAAGAGGCUGAAAAUAAAUCGAGGCAGCAGGCAGCGAUUCAGGAAGAGAGGGUGGCCAAUCUUGAAGCCAGGCUUGCCGAGUUGUCCCAGACAGUCGGGCUUUAUGACAGGCUGAGACAGAGUGAUCAGAAAGCAAUUGACAAGCUGAAAGAGAGAAUUUCACAACUCGAAGUUGAAAAAAGCGAGGAAAAAUCAGAUGAAACGAUCGAUGAAGAUUUGUCAAACAGUAUCCAAAAAUUUAAACAACUCAUUUGCGAUAUAAAAAACACCAGUGGGAAACAAGUCGAUGUCAGUUCUAUUGUGAAAGAAAUUGUCGGCGAUAACGCAUUUCUCGAAGAAAUGCACAAAGCAUGCCGAGAGGAGUACGACCAAUUGAAAUAUGAUUUUGAUUUAUAUAAAAAACAGUUUUCUUUUAAUCAAAAGCUUAAUUAUCCAAGUUUUAGAGUUGACACAACUAACAAAGAUCAAGAAUUGAAGAUGCAAGUUAAAAAACUCAAAGAGAGAAUAUCCAAUCUCCACCAACAGCUUGACGAAAUGGAGAAAAUGCACAGAAAGGAAAAGGAAGACCUCAAUCAGAUUCUAUUGAAAGAGAAAGCAAAUAAUCAAACCAAACUGCAAAACAUCGAAACUGAAUGGAGAGGGAAAGUACAAUCUUUAGAAACCCAGUUAGCUAAGCAGAGGGAAAGAGCGCUCGGCAUUAUCAGUGAAAAAGAACAGGAUCUUAUUGAUUUGAAGGAAGCUUUAAACAAUUUGAUUCCAAAGAGGGCGUCAAACGAAAAGUCUUCGACAGAAGGGGAAGGCAUUGUUUUACACUACAGCGAAGAAUUGGCAAGGCGAGACGUCGAACUUUCAAGGCUAAGGAAGGACAAACAUAUCCUUGAAUCAGAGUUGAGAGAAUUGAGAAGGGAAGUCGCUCAGAUUGAUUCUCAUAAAAAUCAUUUAUCGUCGCUCCUGCAUGAGCAACUUGAAAGGUUUGAACAGUGCCAAUCGAGAGAAGGUGCAAAUCUUGAAUAUUUGAAAAAUGUCGUUUUCAACUUUCUACUUUCGUCCGAUUCCAACAGCAAAAGUCACAUGUUGAACGCGAUAACAGCCGUCCUGAAGUUCUCAGACGCUGAGAAAUUAAAAAUCACUCAACACAGUUGGUGGUACAAGCCAAUGACACCGCACACGUAGUACGUGGCAAAUUGAAAAGAAAAAAUGUACACAAACUGCCUUAUUGUAAUUUAUGUCCAUAAUUAAAUUGAAUAAAAGACUGACA